AUGCCCGCGACCGAACCUCCCGAAUCGCCUGGACGAAGAGCUUCUGGCAGCGCGCCGAACUCGCCAGGCAAAGAUGAGCUGGACAAAGUUGAGCUGAGCGAUCUUGACUCAAGCCCGCCGCAGCUGCCCAUCGAGCAGGAUCUGAUGCAACUGGCGAGACUGGGAGAGUUGCGGGCUAUACAGAAACUUUUCGACAGCGGGAGAUAUAGUGCCAAGUCGACGGACGACCAGGGCAUCACAGCUUUACAUUGGGCAGCCAUCAACGGACAUCAUGCUCUGUGUCACUUCCUCAUACAAGCUGGGGCCGAUGUGAAUGCGAAAGGCGGCGAUGCUCAAGCGACGCCGGUGCUGUGGGCUAGUAAGCGCUUCAAUCUCCAGGUUAUAUCGCUGCUACUUGCCAAUGGUGCCGACCCUUUGAUUCGAGAUGACCAAGGCUACAACCUCCUUCAUUCUGCAACAUUGGACGGGAAUGUAUACCAACUUAUCAUGCUGCUGCACCAUCCCGACAUUCCAGUGGACAUAACGGACUCUCAAGGACACACAUCACUCAUGUGGGCAGCAUACAAGGGCUUCUCGGCCUGCAUUGACGUGCUGCUACGCUUCGGUGCCGACGUACACGCAACCGACGAAAUGGGGUUCACCGCGCUACAUUGGGCACUCGUGAAAGGCAGCUAUAUGUGCAUACAGAAGCUGGUCGAGCAUGGCAGUGAUAGAUUCGCGCGUAGCAAGCCGCAAGAAGGACAGACGGAAGGCGACACUCCGGCAAUGACUGCAUCGAAAAUGCAAAGCGAACGACAAUGGCAUAAGGCGCUUAUCGACUCAGGAUUCGACGAGGCGGGAAAUCCGAUGAGCUUCCCGAUCCCGAUGGUUAAAGACAGGCGAUGGUUCUUCAGCCGAUUCUUCUUCUUCUGGCCAUUUGUGCUCGGCGGUAUUCAGCUUCACAUGCUUGCAUAUAUGAGUCCUUGGAUAUCGAUACCCGGGGUGCUCGUCGUUGGGUACGCUCUCCAAUAUGCUGUCCAGAAGACGCUGCGAUGGGCACCGAGUGACAUGAAGACUAUGCACAAGACGCCAUUCCUUGCCGGUAUUUUUGCUGGAACCCUUUUCUGGGUCGGAGUCCAAUAUGUGACCAAAAUCCUACCUGAUACCCUUUGGACGAACUUCUUUUUGAACAUAGCGUUUGCGACUUGCUACGCCCUGUGUACUUAUUUCUACUUUAUGACGAUGACGGCAGAUCCUGGCUUUAUACCCAAAGGCGCGAGCCGCGGACAGACGAAGAAGACGAUUGACGAACUCGUGGAGCAUAAUGCGUUCAACGAGACCCACUUUUGUACAACAUGUAUGAUACGCAAACCUUUACGAAGCAAGCAUUGCAGGCGCUGCGGCAGAUGUGUCGCGAGGGAAGACCACCAUUGUCCUUGGGUUGACAACUGCGUGGCUGUAAAUAACCACAAGCAUUUCAUAUUGUAUGUAAUGUUUAUGAUCUUUGGCAUUGGUUUCUUGAUACGACUUACGAUUGCAUAUCUGGAAGUUCUUCCUGCACCGACAGUCUUCCAAUGCACUUUGCUCAAGGAUGAGUUGUGCGCCGAAUUUUCCAAGGAUCCUUUGACGAUAAUCACUAAUGCGUGGGCCUCGCUUCAACUCACCUGGACGUUCAUGCUCCUCUUUGUGCAUCUCUUCCAGGUGGCUAAGAAUCUGACAACUUUCGAGAGCAUGCGGAACAUGGAUCAAGUGAAUCCGCUCAUGUCUGCUGUUGCAGCUGGCACAAUGACGCUCGAUGGAGCACAACUCACAGACAGUGGCGCCGGACCUCAUCCUGGUGGACAUGGUCAUGCUCACAAGCACAAGAAGAAAGAAGGCUGUCUUAGACGUUGGUCACAAAUGCUCGGCCUGGAUGCCUUCAUCACAAUAGCAUUUCAAGGGUACAAGGGCAGCAAGAACAAAAAGCACAAACACUCUAAACGAGUCAACCCGUUCACGAGAGGCUUGUUUCGGAAUUGUCAAGACUUCUGGCUUGAUGGUCCCGUCUUCGGGAAGAAGGAGAGCAACAGGGGAUUGUUGAAUGGUCAAACAGUGGACUAUGCGAGCAUGUAUGAGGUGCCCAAAGGCGGACCUAUGCGGUAUCGCGGCGGCUAUGAAGAAGUUGCCGCUGCAGAUGUCGAGGAAGUAUAG